UUGUCGUUACAUUUCGUUUUGUGUGUGUUGGUGACUAAGUCACAAGUCACACGUGUUGACUCUCCUCUCUACUUAGCGCACACUGCCGACUUGUUUUAAUUAGUGUAUAAGUUCUGAUCCGUAUACUUGUUCGCCUUUACGUUAUAAUUGUUUGUGCAACGCCAACUAAAUCGCAUGCCCUUGACUCAAUGGCAGAUUCACGUCCAGGCGAUGAUUACAACUACAAGACUCUGCUCUGCACGAACAUACCUGAGUUGUUUUUGGAUAAAUAUGUGGCCCGAUCGCACUUCGGGCGGUUCGGCACUUUGGUGAACUUUGUGUUGCGUCCCCGGCGCAUGACUUGCACCGUCAGCUAUGCGAACGAAUCGGAAGCGGCAUUGGCCCUGCGGGAGGGCAACUACUAUAAUGGGCAAAAGUUUGAGAUGAGUUAUGCGGAGAAUGAGACGACACCGGCGCAGAAAACCGAGGAGUGGGUUGACUCGGAGGUGCAGGCGGAGCUCAGCGCACUCUCCGCCGGCUGGCGUUCAGAGUAUGGUAGCGGCAAGUCGAUGUGGGGCAGCACAGCCGCAUCCACCCCUGCCGGAGGCAGUGGCCUCAGCUCAACAAAAGCCAUGACAACAAAGUCAACAGCAACGGCUAGCUCUGCGUCAGAGCGACAACGUUCGACCGCCCAAUAUAAUAGUGCGAAAAAUGAUUUGGAAACGAUUAUGCGAAAGCCUGCCUUCAGCAGUGAGGAGAAAUAUCGCGUAUUGGACGCACGCGACAAACUGUUGCGCCAGCAAAUGCGACGCACCACAGACAUAGCGAGUGCAGGCAGCACGUAUGGCCACUGUCCCGACAUGUGCCCGGAGAAGGAGCGCGUGUUGCGCGAAUUCCAACGCCAGGUUGCCGUCUACGAGCUAAAGUCACAUUCGGAUGAGCUGAUCGAUCAUCGGCUGGCAGUCAAGGAGUAUUCGCGCAGUAGUGCCGAUCAGGAGACGCCGCUGCUGCACGAGUUGCGCCCGGAGCCGGUUCUUCACAUGACCAUGGCAUACCUAAUGCACGAAAUUAUGGACCGUAGCGAGAGUCGGGAGACAAACAUGGGCGACUGGUUCCACUUUCUGUGGGAUCGCACCCGCUCCAUACGCAAAGAGAUCACCCAGCAGGAGCUCUGCUCCCUGGACGCUGUGAAACUAGUGGAACAAUGCGCCCGUUUCCACAUACACUGCGCCGCUCGCCUGGUGGCCGAGGAUCCCAGCGUCUUCGACUCAAAGAUCAAUGCCGAGAACCUGACGAAGUGCUUGCAAACCCUCAAGUAUAUGUACCAUGAUCUGCGUCUCAAGGGCGUGCAGUGUCCGCGCGAGGCCGAAUUCCGCUCCUACAUUGUUCUGCUUAAUUUAGCGGACGCGAACUUCCUGUGGGACAUUGCGCAGCUGCCCAUUGAGCUUCAAGGAUGCGCCCAAAUCAAGCAUGCCAUCAAGUUCUAUCUGGCUCUGCAGGACACUAACUUUGUGCGCUUCUUUGAGCUUGUCCGCGAUCCCGAAACCACUUACCUCAGUGCCUGCAUUCUCCUCACAUACUUCACACGCUUACGUGUGCUCGCCUUGCGUCGCUUGGUUCAAUCGUAUCGCGCUCCACGCCUGCAGGACUCCUCCCUGCCGGUUAGGUUUGUAACCAAGAUGCUUGGCUUUGUCAGCGAAGAAGAAGCUAUCGAUUUCCUGGAGUACUACAAACUUAAAGUCUGGGAUGCGCGUGUGGUUCUCGUAUGGAGCGCAGAGCCCCCUGAUGUCGAGUAUAAGCUGCAGCGUCAACUGGAGCUGGUGGAGUCGAAGCGAAGUCAGAGCGUUGGGGAAUGUAUUUGUGGGGAACCACUGCCGCCAAAGUCGUUAUAUAGGAAUCAUCGGCCACACAACAGCUUUAACGAGCAGGGCUACUUGAAGAGCAGCGCUUGGACGGCCAAAGAUCAAAUACAAAAUGGUGUGGUGGAGCCAGACGAGGAGCAGUAUCAGCAGCAGGAGGAGGAACUGGAGGAUGAGGUGCACCAGCAGCAGCAACCGGAGAAAUUGCUACGCAAAUCACCGACAGAUAAUCUGUUUAAGGUGCCAAAAGUGUCGGUGGUAAUGCCGCAGAAGAGCAAAGCUUUUGGCAACCCAUUAAUGGAGCAAAAGGUGGCGACGUCCGCCAACCCGACAUCCAUAUUCGAUGGACUGAGAGCGCAGGCGCCGGCAGAGACGACAUCAAAGUGCACCUUUAAUGGCAACAUCUUUGGCAUGAACCCGAGACCGACGACACCCAACAUGGCACCCUCAAUAUUUAGUGCGGUUAAGCAGUCGGAGGACCAUUUACUGACCGCGGAGAUGAUGCGGCGGAGGGAGGAGGAGGCCGCAAAACUGGAGAAACUGCAUCAGGAGAUUGCAAGAGCUAAACAGCGAGAGGCGGAGCUGUUGGCGGCGAAAGACGAGCGACAGAAAAAACAACGCCAGCAGGAGGAGCAGAGACAACGCCAGCUGGAGGAGCAAAGACAACGCCAGCAGGAGGAGCAGCGACAACGUCUGCAGGAGAAGCAACACCGCCAAAAAUUGUUAGAGCAGCAACAGCAACUGGAGGAGCUGCAGCGUCAGAAGCUGCUGGAAGAGCAGCAGCAACAGGAGGCGGCGGCACGGGAGCAGCGAGCAGCUCUCCAACGAGAGGUCGAACACCGACGUGCGCGCCAGUCCGACCAGCUCUUCAAUCAGCUCCUGCUGGAGAAUCUGCAGGAUAUCUGCGGCGAGGAGGUACGACUGCAUUGCAGCGCCACCGCGGAAUACACAAAGCUGCUGGACAGCAUCACUGCGCAACUGGUGGCGCAGGAGCUGCACAGAGCCCACUAUGAAUUGGGUUUGAUGCAGAGAUUUUGGAAUAAGUGGCGCAGCUAUCGACGCGCGCACCAGCACAAAGACGAGCUCUUCGCACGUCUGCCACUCAACUUUAAUGGCGAGUCGAGCAGCGAGCUGGUGGGCAAGGAGCAGGUGCCGCUCCACAUGAUACGACGUUAUCGCCAGGGCGAGCCCUGCAAUUAUCGUACACUGCUCGAGGGCAUGGAAUACGAUCAUUGUCUGAAGCUGGAUUUGUGGCAAUUGCUGAGCAAAUCGCUGCCCAUUGCGCCGGGUGAACGUAAAUAUUUCAAACUGCUGCUCUCCCUACCCAGCGGUGUCCAAGGCCUGCCUUUCGAGCAUGCACUCGAUCGUGGCCUGCUGCGCCACCCAUUAGAGGGGCCAUCGGACGCCAACGAUGGCACCUUCUAUAUACGCGGCUUGGCCCACAAUGUGGCUCUGUGUGUGCACAAAAUUCAGGGCCUGGACAUGUCUGCGUCGCAACUUUUGCAUGCCGAUGGCGCCGUCUUCUUCGCUCGCAACAAUCCUGCCCAGCUGGAGGCGUUGCGCCUCCGCGUGCAGCAGUUGUGCCAGCAGAGUGGCAUCAGCUAUUUGGCGCUCAUUUUCCAGGACGCCGACCAACUGGAUGAGAUUGCUCUGGGCCGAACGCUGCAGCUUCAGAGUCUCAAUCUGCACGCCUAUCGCAUUUACGGCCAUCGUUCUUCGGCCAGAAAGGGAAGCUAUCAACGCAUUGUUAUGCUCCUCCAUCGUGCCGUCAAGUUCCUGGCCAGCCAGUCCCAGCACAGCCGCAACAUCCUGCAGCAAGUCGAGCUGCGGGAGUGGCUUGUCGGCAGUCUGGGCAAUGAGCUCUUCAGCCGUCUACAGCAUGCGCUCGAACAGGAUGUUGCCUUGGCCCGACAUUGCCGCGCCGAUCCACAGCUCCCGGUCGCACUAUAUAACGAGGCGGUAAGGCGGCUUCAGCUAGUCGCUGGCGAGGAUUUACACACACUGCGGCAAUUUCCCGAGGAGCUGCGUCCAUUUGUGGAGCCACUGCCGCCACAAGCGCCGCUUCCCAACCGUUUGGAGUACUUUGUAGCCGACUGGCAGACGGCGGCUUAUCGGACGCGUAUAGUACAAAUUCUGGAGCUGGCCAAGCUGCCUGAAAUACCGCCGAAGCCCAAGACAUCCGAUCUCGGCGAGCAUGACAUUUGCGAGUGGCUGCUGGCCUACGCUCAAGCCAGUCAGGACGAGGCUCUGGUCGAGACAGUCGCCCUCAAUGCCAUCCAAAGGCUGGCCAAUGAACGGGAAAUGAACUACCUGGCCAUGGUGGGCGUAUUCGCCAAGGAGCGCCUGCAGUUUGUCCUGCGAGGCGCCCGCUCAUUGCCGCCCGCCUGUGUAUUCAGACGACGCACCAUGCAGGCCUAUUUUGAGUCCCAAUGGUACUAUGAUUGGCAUCGUUCGCUGGACAACAACAUCGAUGGCAGCUGUCAUGAAAUGGAGGAGGAAGUGAAGGAAGAGGAGGAGCAAGAGCUAUCGCUCAGCAUUGCAGCAGCCACUGACGGAGCUGACGAGGAUUUGGAGCUUGACUACGAACAGAUCAUAGCUCAUGCCAAGAGCGUGCUCAGGAAGUGCGAGAAACGGCGCGAACGCAAAACACUGCAAGACUUAAAUGACACGACACCGACAUCCCCCCUCGAAGCCAACGAAGAGACGACGCUAAACUAUUUCCUCGGCUCGAUCGAUGAACCAGAGAACCACUACGUUGUGGGUGGGAACACGUCGACACAUCCACAUGCCACCACCAAACGCCGUCUCAGCUCACCCACACAAAAUGCCUGCAGAAUAGGUCCAAAUGGCUAUGACAACCACGAUCUCAGUCGAAACAACAGAAGCCCUAAGAUGCGAAAGUCCAGGAACGAGUCUGCGAACUCCUUUAAAAUUUAGUCAACAACUUUAAACCGCUUUUCUUGUGUUUUCGAACUUGGCUUCGAUUCAGACUAGAAAAAUUUACUUCCUCCGCAGCAGUAACAAUACAAUUUGUGUCUAACUGGUCUGGUCAUGAUUACGAUUGUAUUAGUCAUGUGAGUUUUUAAGUUUAAGUUAAAUGUUUUAUUUAAAAUUAUAUUUCAAUGGAAUUUCAGUUAUCAGAAAUGUAUUAAAUUGCCGAAUCGCAUCUAAUCUAAUAAAAGAAUUUGCCUUAA